AUGCUGUCCAGUCGUUGUCAAGCUCUUUUGGUCAUCUGGCUAUGCAGCCUUUAUGACCAAGCAAAAUGCUCAACAGUGGCUCCCUAUUCAUCACUCCCACCAGAUCCGGUGUAUCCGUCUAACAGCGGUACCUUCACAUGGCCUAGAGGUGCUUCGACAGGAACUUUUACCGAGGGAUCAACCAUGAACAUCUCCUGGACGACAGACUUUCCAAACGUCAAUUUAUGGCUCAUCAUUGAUAAAGCAUGGGCGGCUCCCGUGAGUCUUGUCUCAAGCUACUCAACAUCCUGGUACAUUUGGGAUGUAAAAUGUGGUCAAAAUUGCAGCGUGCCGUUUCUGCUUCGAGCAGUGAAUGCAGCCGGAUCAGACGAUGACCAGCAACAUGGAGGCUUCUACAGCUACCAGUUCUGGGUAAAGCCAGCCGAUGAUGCCGUCAAGACAACGACUGUGCCAUUUACGAUAGUGUCUACCAAAGCAGAUCUGGCCCCCACUAUCUCAAGCACUUCGACAACAUCUUCAAGCUCAUCAACAAUACCUGCAAGUUCGACAACAACUACUAGCUCGACAACAGCGACAAGCUCUUCGGUGUCGGAGAACUCCAAGCCAACGAACGAUGCGUCAAUCACAAAAGCCGCUGCAUCUUCCGGUGUUGCUUCGAACACGAAUACUACCCCACCGGGUAGCCAGUCCCCAGGUACAAGUCCAACAUUAUCAAUUGGUGUAGGAGUAGGUGCCGGAGUUGGAUCUGCACUCCUCUGUCUCGGCGGAGUCUUUCUCUGGCGUCGGCACACCCGCAAACGUAAAAUACAAGAGGUGCACCCAGCACCGAUUGAGAUGUACGGACAAGGCUGGCAAAAGCAUUGCGAGUCUUCGUCUAUGUAUCCGCCAUCGAGGAUGGCCUCACCUUCCACAUCAACGGCGCCAGUAGAAGCACCCGGAUGGCGGACAGAUCCUCAUGAGUUGCCGGCACAGACUCCGAGGGGCCUUGGCUUUGGACGAUGA